AUGAGGACCGUGUUGGAUAACCAAAAUCUUGUCACAAAAUGGUCACUAUAUCCUGAGGAAGAAUGGCUCCGUCGGUCUGUUUGGACUCGCAAGUUUAUCGCCCUGUCCUCCACUAAAGAAAUAAAGACACAUUUGCAGGAUGGCAACGCCACGUUCAGUUAUACUUAUGCCAUUGAGAAAGAUCAAAAGAAGUCGUCCAUCAGCCGAGGACUCGCUCUCUGGUAUCAAGAGCUCAUCGAAGACGUCCAAGAUAUUCGAGAUGAUGCGGAUAUUUCAUGGGCGCUGAAAAGACUGGAGAAUCUUGCGGAAAGAGCUCUGUACUCGCAACCAAAUUCUCUAUUGAACCUUCUCUUUGCUGGUCGAUGUGAUUUUGGCAUCGGAAGUAAGGUUAUCCAGAUGAUGCUACUCAGAUGCUACUCGGAUCAUAAGCGCUUUAUCAAUAACAACAAGACACAAAUUACUGAGAAUGAAGAGCACGCUAACCGGACUCUGAGUGGACAGAUUUCUGAUAAGUAUAACGGAGUGGACGGCCAAAUCCAUAUUUGGACGGAUAAGGAAUGCACCGCGUGGUCCAUGGGCAUCAAACAUACAGUGUCUAAACAUGCUGUAGAUUUUCGUACCAUCUGA